ACAAAAAAAUAUCUGAGCGAGAGAGCCCUAAUAGUCCCACAACCUCACACGCACAUAUAUAUAGUCGUGUCCAUGUCCUCUUCCGCUCGGUAAUCGUCGUCUCCUACACACACACGCAUCACGCCACAGUACAAUUUACGAAGAAAAUCUCCUUUUAGAUUGUAAUUGCCCGGCUGAAACCCUAACGCAAGUUGUCAUGGCGGAGGAAGAGAUUGUCGCGGCGGCGGCGAGCCCUACGCUGUCGGAUCUCAAGCGGAAGCACGAGGAUUUGGAGCCGGAUGCACCCGAGCCGACCCCCACGAACGUCAACGGAGCGGAUUCGGGACAGAGAGACGAGGGGGUAGAGGAGGAGAACGGAGCUGCUGCGGUUGGUGGCGACUCGGACGAGUCCGAAGCUAAACGACCUCGUUUGGAGGAGAAUCCCGACGGCUUAGGUGUCACUGUGAAUGGAUUCCAAGAGAAGGUGGAGGACGUUGAACUGCCAUCUGUGGAACAUAAUACCGAGUCAGUGGAUGCUCAAGAACCCACUGAUGAAGCUCCGGACACUGAGAAUGACAAACAACCUUCUUCUGAUGAUCAGUCGAAGGAAGAAACCCAGCCACCUACGGUUGAGAAUACCCUGUUGGAAAGUCCCCAGCAACAACCGUCUGGUGGCGGGGAGCAUCAGGAACCCUCAACAGAAGUUCCUCAGGCAGCGGUUGUUUAUUCUGAGGAACAGGAACCUGCAGCUGAGACUGAAGCCGUGUCUCGGAAAAUGGAGGUUCCGAAUAAUAAGGUUGGAGUUCUUAUUGGCAAGCAUGGGGAAACUAUUCGGUUUUUGCAAAUCAAUUCAGGUGCCAAGAUUCAGAUCACAAGGGAUGCGGAUUCUGAUCCUAAUUCUACCACCAGGCCUGCGGAACUUAUAGGAACUUUAGAAAGUAUAAACAAGGCUGAGAGGCUGAUAAAGGAUGUUAUAGCUGAGGCAGAUGCAGGGGGUUCCCCUUCCCUUGUAGCCAGGGGUGUUAGUUACGUACAAGCUGCAGGAGCUGCAGAACAAAUUCUGAUUCAAGUUCCAUUUGAGAAGGUUGGUUUAAUCAUAGGCAAAUUUGGGGAGACUAUUAAAAGCCUACAAACCAGAUCAGGGGCACGUAUUCAGUUGACACCACAACAUUCCCCUGAUGGUGACCAAUCUAAAGAAAGGACAGUGCGUGUUUCUGGUGAUAAGAAGCAGAUUGAAAUGGCAAGAGAAAUGAUAAAAGAAGUUAUGGAUCAGACGGUGAGGUCGUCCUCUCUAUCUGGCGGUUAUAAUCAGCAGCAGCAGCAGCAGGGGUUUCGUCCACGUGUACAGUCCCAAUGGAGUCACCACCGAGGUCCUCCUCAUCCUUCACAGUCAGGUGGGUACAAUUAUCAGCAACGAGGAUCAUAUCCUCCAUCUCAGAAUUCACAGUAUGCUCCGCCCCCUAAUUAUCCACCACAGCAAAUGGGCUCUUCAAGGAGUGGCAGCUUUGGUUCAGGAUGGGAGCAAAGGCAUCCUCCAUCAACAAUGUUGCAGCAGGGACCAGGUGGUGGUGGUGGGUAUGACUAUUACGGUGGUCAUAUGGGUGAUGUUCCAGCAUCAAGUCAUGGACAUGGCCCUUCCCCUACUCCCAUGGGUCCUCCGCCCCCUGCACAGGGAAAUUAUAACUACAAUUACGGACAGCCACAGCCGGCAGCUCCUCCAUAUUCCUCCCAAGCUCCACAGGGCUAUGGACAUGGUCAUGGAUACAAUGAAGCAAAAUAUGAUAACCAGGCUCCUUAUCAUCCCUCCUAUGGAGGAGGCGGUUCACAGCCAGGCCCAGUGGGGGCUGGCUACCCCCAUCCGGGCUAUGCUCCCCAGGAUCAGCAGUAUGGUAAGGCACCACUUCCUUACGCCCAACAACACUAUGGUGGCCCACCUCGGGGGACUCAACCAGGUGAUAAUAUGCCAUAUCAUACUGGUCCCAUCUCAGUGCAACCCACCCAGCAGCAGUAUCCUCAAAAUGCUGCACCACCACCACAAUCCCAACAGACAUACCCGCAAACCUAUCCACAGCCAUAUGGUUCUGAUGGGUACAACAUUAAUCAGCAGCAGCCGCAGCCAGUGGCCACAGGAUCUGUUGCUCCAGUUUAUCCCCAGCAAGGACCUGUUCCCGGUUAUGGGCAGCAGCAGCAGGCCUUUGCAGGUUAUGCUCAAGCGGGACCAACUGGAGGUUACGGUUCAUACCCUACUGGUUACACUGAACAACCAGCAGCUCAAAACACAGCAGCAGCAGGGUAUGGUGGCUAUCAAGGUUCCGUGGAUCCAGCUGCUGCUUAUGCUAGUGCUCCACCGCCGGCUGGGCAAGCUGUCUAUGCUCAACCAGCUCCAACACAGCCGCCAACUGGGUACGAUCAUUCAGGUAGUUAUGGAACUGCAGCUGCCACUUACGGUAAAAGUUUGUCACCCCAGCCUGGUGGAUACCCUCAGUACGAUGCAACUGGUCAGGUGAUCGGAACACACCGCUGAAUGUUUUGGAUAUUGAUCAUCUUGGGAGAUCAUAACUAGGUGUUUCUGUUUCUACCAAACACUAGCUUUGCUGCUUCUAUCUAGCUUUUAUGUUGUUCCUACUAUUGCUACUGUGUUUCUUCUUUUCUUUUCUUUUCGCCUAUGGUUCCUGUAUCGUUUUUAUCCUGUGUUUUUGGAUGUUAUUCGAUGCCAUAUGAGUAAACUCUAUGAAUUUGAUGACUUCCAAUUUAUUUUGUAA